GGAGAUGUCUUCUCGGAUGUCACUCGUAAAUGCGAAUUAAUUAAUUAGUCAGAUUCGAUUUAUUCCGCACACAAAGUUUUGCAGCAAUUCGUUCCGCGACUUGUCAGACCGAAACCACCAAAAAUUUCGACGGCGCAACUUGAAAAAUUUUAGGCGCGCUUUUGCGGCGCGGACAGCGCCACCACUCGACAUACGGGAGAAUUAGAUCUAAUCGCAAUCGUCCGGAGAGAUUCGAGAGAUCGCGCUCUGUAUUAUCGCGAGAUAAUCGCGAUGUAUUUUUCUAACUAAAUGUUUACACUUCGCGUCAUAUUUCGGCGUCCGAUGUCUCAGAUAGGGUUAGAAUGAACAAAGUGUUUGUUAAAAACAAAAGAACACAUGUAAAAAUAUAUAUAUAAAUAACUUGACAUUGAUAAUCGAUCGUGUUCAAUAACUUUGUAUGUUGUGUGAUUUGUUGUGUUUGUUAUUAAAUAAGUAUAUACCUCUUGAUCCCCUUGUAAACAAAAAGUUUGCCACUCUACGUAUGUAUACACGUGAAAAAGUAACACUCUAUUCUAAAAUAAUAUUUUCUUGUCACAAUAAACAUACGUGAAUCAAUGUUUGUGCGUCGAUUAUGCAAAAAUUAGAUCGUUCUCCUUAUUUUAUGGAAUAUCUCUAAGUUUCUGCGCAUCAAUCAUGGCCUUUCCAACUCCUUUCGACGCCAGUGAAUAUUACCGAAACUUAGUGCAACAGCUCGCAAACAAUUGUAAAACGCCAAACAGAGACAUCACCGAUCCGGACUGGCUGAUUUAUUUUCCCAAGGAGCAGAACAACGAGCGGAUCUUUAAAAAAGAUCGGAAUCGAAAGUCAAGCAACAAACGUAAACAGAUUGUUCCGGGUGUGCCGCAUAUACGGUCUUCCGAAAUAUUUGAGAUCGGAAACGUAGCGGGUACGGAGAACCGAUCUCUCGAGCUGAUUUCUGCGGAAUGGCACAAUACGAAAGUCGCACUGAAGAGACACGUUUUUCCGGCGUGUCGCGACGCGAUAAAGGCAGACAUAGAAGUUCUCAGCGAGAUACGACAUCCCAAUGUACUGCUGUUAAUGGCAACAACGUAUACGGACGAGCACGGGAUCGUUUCUAUUUUGGAGCCUGUCGACUGCACAUUGUACAAUUACAUACACGAUCAAGGCGAACGAUUAAAUAUGCAAGGAAUCAUACAAAUUGGCAUAAAAUUGGCGGACGCGUUGAAAUACUGCCACAUGCGCGGAUAUAUCCAUGGCGCAAUCAGUUCCCAUUGCGUUUACUUCGCAUCCGACAGAAAUGUCAAGCUUGGUGGAUGGGAACUAGCUAGGGAAACAGCAAACGUUUACGUUGAACGUGAUUACGAAAAAUAUCUGCGACUGGAAAUUUUCAAAUGGCAAGCGCCGGAAACGUUCUACGGAUUACAUCCUAGUAAAAAAACCGACGUUUAUUGCUUUAUGUUGUUACUUUGGGAAAUGUGCACAGGCAGUGUACCAUGGAACGGAUGUGAUCAGUCAAACGAAGAACGUCACAAUUCAAUACAAAGACGCGAUAUCAGUCUAAAUUUGCAGAAUAUCCCGUCAAUUUCACCGACUCUUCGUGACUUAUUAGAGAUUGGGUUGCAAUCUGACGAAGCGAAAAGAACGUUAGACAUGGACAAAAUAAGCAGGAAACUUCACAGGCUGCUGAUGAUACACGAAGAAGAAGAAAGAGAAGCCACGUUUAUAAGUGUGCACAGUACUGGUGCUAACAUUGACAAUAGUAAGGAUUCUUUGGAAUGCACCAUUUACGAUGGUACAUUCUGUGGAAGAACUUCCUCUCCUUCGUCACCCGUACGAACUACAAUAUUCAAUCAAAAACCACUCGCCGAACAAUCACACCACACACCGACCAAAGAAAACCCUUCCAGUCGCCGUGUCAUUUCCAAAGAAAUACAAUGCAAGCUGGAUUCCAAAAUUAAUACUGAAAAACCAGAGACGUCUUCAUUGAGUAUUAUAAGUCCUGUGAAGGUGGAAAUAAAUCCUUGCGUUCAUUGUGCAAAUAUUACUAAACUAGUGGGAAACAUCGACGAGAAGAGUAACGCCCGUGCUAAUAUAAAACGACUGAAAGAACUAAUAGCUAGUAGAAGGGAACAUUUCUUCUCUGGAAACAAGCCGUUCUCUCGCUUGAGCAAAGGCCCAAAAGCUACGAGCACAAUAUUGUUAAGUGAAAAUAAUGAAAGUAAUCUCGAUAAUGAAAGUAAUAUCGAUUACGUACCAUGUAAACCAGCAAGUCACAAAACUACUAUGGAACCUAAAUGUAAUAAGUUGUUUGUUAAUUAUAACGGGAUUGCAACACAGAAGACGAAACAGGUGGUACGCCGAAAGCCACCUUACACGAAUAUGUCUGAGAGCAUUAAGCAAGCAAUAAUACAACCUCAGGUUUUGCAUCCUACUGCUGAAAGUUUUUACGAAUCAGCGUUAUGGAGAAAAGAGAAAGAAAUUUGCAUAUCACGGAUGCAUCGUGAUAGCAAAGAAUACGAAUAUUUGUCACAACAAUCAGAUAAUCAUGUUAUUGACAGUGACAGAGCCCAAUGUUCCAAACCACAUUCGACUACUAUUAAUACUACAUAUAAUGUAAUACAUGAUAAUAACACUGAAAAUAUCAAAACUGAUGCGGAAACAUUAUUGUCAAAAUCAGUGGCAUUUGAUCUGGUAUCUUCAAACAAGUCGUCAGACGACAUACGAACUGCGACAGACGCUGUUGAGCGUGCGAUGAGUUUAGUGGAACAAAAUUUACAAAACUGCAAGAAACAAUUGUUUGAAGAUCUAUAUGAAACGAAACACAACGAGAACGAAAACAUUAAAGUUAUCGAGACAUCGACAUCUGACAACGAAAAUUUUCUGGGAAUGAGUGAACUCGCAAGCCCGGAAAACACUGACAAAGCAUCUUCAGAAUACACUGACAUUUUCAAUCAAGCUUUUAUAGCAAGUAAAACGUUUAGUUUCAGCAGUAAGAUAUCAAACGAAUCUCCAAUAUCACUGUCUGAUCAAGAAUCAAAAACUAAUUUCCAAGAAAUGAAAAAUGGAAUAUUCUCUCUGAAUAAGAAGCCAAUCCCGCAGCGAGAUCAAAUAGAUUUUGAGCGGAAUAAGAAGCGGUAUAUCAACGUAGGUAGUACCACGAAAAAUAUUGUUAUAAAAGACGAAAUAAGAAGACGUUCUUUACCCGCGAGACUAAAUAAUGUGCCAGUGCCGUUCAAUUUGGAAAAUAGAAAUAAUACGGACGGUAGCCAAUUUACUCUAAAGAAUAACGACGGUACAUGUUAUAUCGACGAUGAUUACAAACGUAGAUCACAAUUAAAUUGUAAUCUGAUGCUUUUCGAUGAUUACAUAGAUUUAUCAGAGACCAUUGGAACCAUUGGAGACAGUGAAUCUCAGACGACAGAAUUGUAAAUUUUUUAUCAAUUUAAUUUGUUCUAAAUUGUAAAUUAACGUAGAUUCAAAUGUUUUUUUUUACUCAUACUCACGUUUGUAAAACUUGUUUCAUUAUAUAUCUUUAUUUAUGCCUCCUUGACAAGAUAAAAUCAAUCGAACUUUCGUUAUAUCAUAAUGAUAAAAUUAAUAUAAACACUUAAUGUAAUAAUAUUUGCUUAGUUUUUAUCGCUUAUAAUUUAUAUAAAUGCAAACAAUAUUGCACAGUUAUUUGAAACAAAAUAAAUGUUAAUAACAUCAACAACUUAUCAAAUUCAGUUUACUGUGUACACAGAUAUAAAUGAUUCAGAAUA